CACUGAAAGAGAUAUCAGAGUAAACUGAUCUGAAGCUUUACCAUUUACCUCCUCAUUAGACUGAACGCACAUUGACCCUAAAAGACUCUUCCUCAAGAAAAAGGAUUCCUCAACACAAAAUUAAAUUAAGAGAGUAUUUUAGAGAGAGAAGUCCGACCGCCUGUUGAUGUAGGUGUAGCUUGUUCCUGGGAACAGAUGACAGGAUAAAACCACAACCAUGGAUCGACUUCCCAGGAAACUCAGCGUCCUUCGUCAUAUUCGUCACGUUAAACGGCACUUCUUCAACUGUAGCAGCCAUAAGAUUAUCAAUGUGCUGCAGUAUGAAACGCUGUUCUCACUGCAGCAGAGGCGAGAAGGAGCCGUUGUUCUACACACCCUGGUCUGCUUGUACUGCUUUGGAGCACUCGCAGUGUUAUGUGAUCAUUAUUUUUGUGCUUCACUUGAAAAACUAUGCAAACAGUUACGUAUCCCGACAGACGUUGCAGGCGCGACAUUCAUGGCUGCUGGUAGUUCCAUGCCCACGCUGUUCAUCGCAAUCGCGUCCGUAUUCAUGGGUGAGGGUGAUAUAGGCCUGGGCACCAUUAUUGGUUCCACUAUGUUCAAUAUUCUCUUCAUAUCGGCCAUUUGUGGGCUGUGCUCUGGUAUUUCUAUAGCUCUUCGCAUGUGGCCGCUUUUGAGGGAUUCUGUGGCGUACACUGUACAUCUGACCGCUUUGUUAAUUGUUAUAGAAGAUAACAUAAUUCACUGGUACGAAGCCUUGGUGUUUCCAUUCUUAUAUUUUGGUUAUAUCAUAAUUAUGUGCUUCAAUAAGAAACUCGAAGGUUUGUUCGAGAGAGUUUGCAAAAAGUUUUGCCAGUUACAGAAGGGAUUUGAAAUGGUCCCGAUGGAGGACCCCCGGGAAAACGACAUAGGAAAAGGCAAUGGUCAAGAGGCCCUGGAAAAAUCCAGGGAAGAGGAUUUAGGAGACAAAGAAAUUAACAGCGACAAAAGAAUGAAAGAAAAUGAAGAAAAUGACAGCGAAGGCAAGGAAAUAAGUGAUCCCGCUAGCUCGUCUUCUCAAGCUCACGGUUUCUCGGCAAAAUCCCCGUUCGAAAUUCCUAAAAGUUCUUUUAAAUUAGUGAUCUGGGUGAUUAUGUUACCAGUCCACAUCCUUUUCUUUCUCACAAUGCCCGACUGUCGCAAGAAAGGUUGGGAGAACUGGUAUCCAGUCACGUUCGUAGUAUCCAUCCUAUGGAUGGCUCUCAUAUCGUACGUACUCGUAUGGACUGUGUCAAUCAUAGGCGAGACUUUUGAUAUACCAGAAUGCAUCAUGGGAUUGACAUUAUUGGCAGCUGGUUCUAGUGUCCCAGAUGCCAUAGCAAGUCUUGUGGUCGCUAAACACGGAAUGGGAGACAUGGCAUUGGCUAACUGUGUUGGCAGUAAUAUUUUUGACGUCCUCUGCUUGGGUCUUCCAUGGUUUUUAGCCACAACUGUUGUUCAUCCAAACAGCGUCGUUUUAAUUCACAGUGGACAUGUAGUUUAUACGUCUUUGUGCCUGUUUGGCACAGUUUUAGCGACAUUACUAGUGAUACAUCGAAAUAGUUGGAGAUUGGAUAAACGUUCGGGAGGUAUUCUUUUGUUAACCUAUGUUGUUUUCUUAUCAGCGGCUGUUAUUUUAGAAGCUCUGCCCGGAGGGCCCGGGGGUCAGGGAGAUGGACCUAAAUUAAGUCCACAUCACCCGGGUCACUUGCCAAAUAAGGGCCUGGGACAUCAUAAAAAUUCUCACUUAAACAAAGUCGCGUGACAACCAAUGGCUGCCGAGUGAAAUAUUUCAAGUGCUGUCUUAAAGAUUCCUCUUUGGAGAUCGAUAAUCUGCUCCCGAAUAAAAACUUAGCUACACUACAGUCACUAUACCAUGGAUUAAAGGCCGAAAUAUCAAAUCAUUUGGUUAAAAAGUGUCGCUCUCAUAAAAUACAUCGUCUGAUACGAAUCCCAAUGGUAUUAUAACGGUAACAUUAACAAGAAAACUAGAAAUGACUCAGGAAAAAAGGGGUACUGUUUUGGCGUGUGGAAGAAUCUGUGGGGCAGCUGGAAUCUAAGCAAGGCUCAGUUAGUGAUAUCAUUACCACUAUUAAUAUCUUUAUCAUCAUUAGCAGUGCCACCGUUACUUAACUAUUUUUAUUAUUACACGGCUAGGGUUAUGUGGCAAGCAAUUCCGAAAUUUAUGUAAAAGGUAGAAUUUACUUCUAUAAAAGACGAAUCAGGUAGAUUAAAAGUGUUGAAUCGGAUCGUUGUACACAUUGACCACAUAACUUCUCUUCGCAUAUUCUGUACAAAUUAAUUCACAUUUUUUUCAAAUGAAUUUCUUAGAAAUUAUAACAUACUUUCUUUUUUUUUUAACUCUCUGUAGGUCAAAUUAAAUAAAAUGACUAUGUUCUGCGCAUUCGUAAAAAAUGGAGAGAAGAAAAUAAAUUAUUUUUACCAAGUCAUUGAAACAUUGUAGUUAUCUGCUUGUCUAUACCUUUGACUUUUGACCUUAACUCAUUUAUGGGGGAGGGGAAG